GAAAAAGUUGUUAUACACCGCAUUAUCAAGCCUGAAAAUAUCUUCCCGGAUUUUUCAAAUGAUGAAGUGAAAUUGAAUGACUUUGGAUUGGCAUCUGAGACACAAGAAGAGCCUAUUGACAGCUUUAGAGGUAAGAACUGUUCAAUCAGUGAAAUCGGUUUCAAGUGAUCUCAACUCAACAUAACAAAGAUUAAUCACGCAUUCAAACAGCUAAGAUCCCAGACAGAAACCAGCUUAGUUAAAAGAUCUUGUAGGAAAAUGACCCUUAAUUUUUCGAAGCAAGCUUCCUUAUUUUUGCUUAUCUUAUCUUUGCUGAUAUUGAUCAUUUUAAUUUUGCCUCCCUUAACACUACAUAUUGUUCCAGUUAAGUCGUACUUUGCAUCACGUCACGUGACGGCAAGUCAGUGGGAGGAAGUGGAAGCUAGGAAUACGGCGGUGCAGCCAGGAAUACGGGUAGUGGCCAGAGCCUCUACAAAUUUAUGUAAUUUCCUUUUCCUAUUCCUCUUGCGACUCUGAAUUUCGACAACCGCCCGUUAAAGAGGCUAAAUCUCAACAAAAAUCCAAUAGAAAUUGUUUUCUCUUUGUUCUUGACUAAACUUACUAUCAAUACUUUUCUUCUAGGUAUGAAUCAAUACAUGCCCUCUGAAUUCAUGAAGACAAGUAAAUAUGAUGGUUGCGAGGCAACCAUAUGGGUGAUGGGAAUUCUCUUGGUCGAUAUGUUGCCACCAAUUAUUUCUGCAUUUGGAAAACUGCAACAUUGUUUGAGCAUGGAGUCCAGAAUACCUCGACACUUUUCAUCAAGUGUGUAA